CUGCGUCAUCCACAGUUGUUCAAAGCUAUUGGUGUCAAGCCUCCGAGGGGUAUUCUCCUUUAUGGUCCUCCUGGAACUGGCAAAACUCUGAUUGCUCGAGCUGUUGCAAACGAAAGUGGAAGCUUUUUUUUCUUAAUCAACGGACCGGAGAUUAUGUCCAAGUUAGCGGGUGAAUCUGAAUCUAACCUACGAAAAGCCUUUGAAGAAGCUGAGAAGAACUCCCCAGCUAUUAUAUUUAUCGAUGAGUUGGAUGCUAUUGCUCCGAAAAGAGAGAAGACUCACGGUGAAGUCGAAAGAAGAAUAGUUUCCCAGCUGCUUACCCUAAUGGAUGGUCUAAAACAAAGGAGUCACGUAAUUGUGAUGGCCGCCACUAACAGACCAAACAGUGUUGAUCCUGCCUUACGUCGGUUUGGUCGCUUUGACCGUGAAAUUGAAAUUGGUAUCCCGGAUGCCACGGGCCGUUUGGAAGUUCUCCGUAUUCACACCAAAAACAUGAAACUCGCUGAGGAUGUUGACCUAGAACAAAUUGCCAACGACGCUCAUGGUCAUGUUGGUGCUGAUCUUGCAUCUUUGUGCUCAGAAGCUGCUCUUCAGCAAAUUCGUAAUAAGAUGGAUUUGAUUGAUCUUGAAGAUGAUACAAUCGACGCCGAAGUUUUGGAAUCUCUUGCCGUGACGAUGGAAGACUUCCGAUGGGCCCUUGGUAAAAGCAAUCCCUCCGCGUUGCGGGAAACUACAGUUGAAGUUCCCAAUGUUACUUGGGAUGAUAUUGGCGGCUUGGAGAAUGUAAAGCGAGAGCUACAAGAAAUGGUUCAGUAUCCGGUGGAGCACCCGGACUUAUUCCUCAAGUUUGGAAUGACCCCUAGUAAGGGUGUUCUCUUUUAUGGACCUCCUGGGUGCGGUAAAACUUUGUUAGCUAAAGCUAUUGCUAACGAGUGUCAAGCAAACUUUAUCAGUAUUAAGGGUCCCGAGCUUCUGACUAUGUGGUUCGGUGAGUCAGAAGCCAAUGUGAGGGACAUAUUUGAUAAGGCAAGACAGGCGGCUCCGUGUGUUCUUUUCUUUGAUGAACUGGACUCGAUUGCUAAGGCUCGUGGUGGUAGCGUUGGUGACGCUGGUGGUGCUGCUGACCGAGUGAUUAAUCAACUCUUAACUGAGAUGGAUGGAAUGUCUCCAAAAAAAAAUGUUUUUAUAAUCGGUGCUACAAACAGGCCUGAUAUCAUUGACGGCGCCAUCCUUCGGCCGGGUCGCCUCGAUCAGCUAAUAUACAUUCCUCUACCAGAUGAGAAGUCUAGAGUUGCUAUAUUCAAGGCGAAUCUACGACGGUCGCCUGUCGCUAAGGACGUUGAUAUCGACUACUUGGCUAAAGCCACGAAUGGCUUUUCUGGUGCCGACCUGACGGAAAUUUGUCAACGGGCCUGCAAACAAGCUAUUCGUGAAUCCAUUGAGGCUGAAAUAAGAGCGGAACGUGAAAGGCAGAACAAUCCAUCAGCCAUGGAAGCCGAAAGUGAUCCUGUGCCUGAAAUUACGAGACGUCACUUUGAAGAGGCCAUGAGGUUUGCUCGUCGAUCUGUAACAGAUAAUGAUAUUCGGAAGUACGAGAUGUUUGCACAGACUCUUCAGCAAUCUCGCGGCAUGGGUGGGAGUUUUAGAUUUCCUUCUGAGCAAGGCAAUUCAGGUUCUCACUCCAAUCCUGCUUCAAGCAACCCUUAUAAUCAAGGCGCGGCGGAUGAGGAUCUGUAUUCAUGA